UCCAUAUCCAUGCAUGUAUGAACGGAAGGUAUAUAUACAGAAAAUCAGAUACGCCCUAAAAGAGGAACUGAUCAAGGAAAGAAAAUGGAGUAUACAACCCACCGAGUCUGAAGAAAUCAAACCGAUCGGACGAAAAGCUCCUGGCAAUGGCCACUCUCGAAGUGACCGAUGCGUACACUUUACGCAAGGUCAACGUUGAGGACGCUAUCACUGACCUUCAGCUGAUGAACAUUGCCCAGCAGAUUGGUCCUGAGUCAUGGCGUCUAGUUGGACUUGAAUUAGGCCUCAGGGAGCCUGAAUUAGCCCAUAUUGAGAGGGACCACAGAUCCAACAUAGCGGAAGGCACGUACAAAAUGCUGAUUAAGUGGCGUCGGGACCAGAUGAACGCGGAUGCGGCUUUCUGCAGGUUGCAGAGCGCGUUGAUCAACGCUAAACUGGGCGCUGUCGCCCGUCAACUUAUCAAAGGUUCGGCGUAUGGCAUUGACUUAUUGGGUGGUGGCGGUAUCCUCAACACAAGUGGCUUGAUGGAAGACAACUUCGAUACCCGGCAACUAAGAAGGGAACUCGAGAUGAAAUACCACUCUCAUCUCUGCACCAUGCGGCUUCUACCUUGGGAUGCGAGAUCAAGAGUCGCCGUCGAUCGUUACUUUACCGACAUUGGGAUCUCACUGGAAGAUACCUCGGUGCGGCAACACACAAAGAUUUCCUUGGACAAUAAUCGCCAUGAUAUUUUUACAAUCAGCGCGUCGAAGAACUUACCUACUAACCGGAUCCUCCUUCAGGGAAAUUCAGGAUCAGGGAAAUCAACGGUUGUUGCGAAGCUGGCGCUUGAUUGGAUUACGCGUCAUCCAAAAUCACCACUCAAAGAUCUCCCACUUCUGUUCGUUCUCCCUUUGCAUAAGUUGAACGAAACGUCGAAUUUUGGUGAAGCUGUGCGAGAACAUCUACUACCAGAGGACACGACGUUCACAGCAGAGGCCAUCGACGCAUACGUGAAAGCGAAUCCAAGAGAAGCCUUGCUCGUUCUAGAUGGACAUGAUGGGAUGAUGAAAAGCAAGUCGAAAGGUGAUAAGGUUGGGAACCUGGUGAAGAUCAUUGAGAACAAACGUCUGACAGAGUGCAAGGUUCUUGUAACGUCAAAGUAUUGGAGCGUGGUACAGAUGAAGGAAUCGGUCAUUCGGCAAUAUACCCUUCUGGAAAUGGAAGGCUUCAAGGUAGAAGAUACUUUCUCCUACAUACUAUCUUACUUUGAAGAUGACGAAGAGAUGUCACAGGGUUUGAUUCGUCAUAUUGAAGCCUGUCCAGAUCUGAUGGAGAGCUUAUGUCCUUGUCCUCUUUCUUGUUCUAUCUUAUGCCAUCUCUGGGAAGAAGAUCUCAGCAAGGGAGGAGGGGAUCGUCUGGGAACCAGCAGCCAGAUGACAGAUCACAUCGUGCACAGUCUAUGGACGCACCUGGAGGCUAAGAACAAGGAUGAAGAUCUUAACGAUGGAUUAGAUCGUAUAAGUCUUAUCUCAGAGACCACGCACGAAAGAAGGUUAUCUUUUCUCUUCCAAACGUUGAGUGUUGUCAGGAAACGGUCAACGAAAAGAGGAAUUGUUGAGGGAAUUCCUAGACAUUCGCUAAAAUCCACGAUGUACCGCCUGGGUAAGGUUGCUCUGGAGAAAUUAGUAUCAAGGAACCCCGAUGGAGAGUUAGAACAGAAGGAUAUAAGUUCUUGUCGCGAGUUCACAGAAAUUGGUCUGGCAGCAGGAAUUCUAUCCCACAAUCGAGGUGGAAGCAGUGGGUCCCCACUUCGGAGGGGCUCUCAGAGUGAAAGCCUUAAAGGGGUGCGAUUCAGCGACAAGGGAAUGAUGCAUAAGUGUGCAGCUGUCCACCUGGCAUCUCUCUGGAAGAGAAACCAUGCCAAAUUCACAGAGGUUCUAAAGCACUUGAAGGACAAAUUUGUCGCUGAAGAAUUCGAGAUCGUAUUGAUGCUUGCUUGCGGUGAAGAUGCUAAUGUGGCAAGAGAAAUCCUCCAGCACCUAUCUUCUGUUUCAGCUUCGCACGACCUAAUGCUGAAAUGCUAUUUUGAGUGUCCUGAAGAAGUAUCAGUAGACGAGGAAAUGGCUCGAAUAUUUAAGGAAAAGUACCAUGUGACCCUCUCCAGCCCAGGGUGCCACACACUUUCUGCGCUUAAGUAUUUUCUCAAGAAAUGGAGUACGGAUGACUCUGCAAUCAGAAAACUGUUGAUAUCGGCUCCUCCCUUGAGCAGCAUGUGGAGCUUUGUAGAGGCCCUUGACAGAGAGCACUGCAAAAGCAUUUCUACCAUAAGUUUGUCUUGGUGUGACUUUGAAGAAACCGACCUCCCAGCACUGCUCUUUGCACUUGGAGAUCUGCCCUCACUUUCUGAAUUGACCAUGCCCGGGUCAACGAUUGGACCAGGUUUCAUCCAGAACAUUAGUUGUCUGCCACAAGGAUGCUUCAAGAGCCUGGAAACCCUCGAAUUGCCAAUCUGCACCGCUUGCGCCGAUUCGUUCUUUAGAGCAGUCUUCUGGUCCGGCCAGUUUCCAGUACUUCUGAGAGCUUUUCUCAUCAUCCAGGACGUUUGCUCUAAUGACACUCAGCACAAGGACGAUGACCAAAUGGAGGAACAUACCAUUUCGACACAGCUUGGGGAGAUAUCGUUGAACUGCAGCACUCUCGCCCGCUACGGAUCUCAACGCUUUGCUAAAACCCUCACCAAUGCAACAAAUCUGAUGAGCCUGUCCCUUAUCAACUGUAAGUUCCAUCCUGACUUUUUGGGUCAGAUCGGUGAGCUGCUGGCCCUGAGAAAAGUUGUCUUGCGCAUGGAAUCGUGGAAGGGACUUCACUUGGAGACUUUCCUGAAGAAGUGCCUAAGACUGAGUCACAUGGAGAUCAGCUUCCCAUCUUCAGCUCGGCAUGGGGACGUGGAGGAGACGUUAGAGGUUAUCCCUCGUAUCUUGCCCAGUCUACCAGGCUUGAACACCAUGCACGUUUCGUUGGGUGUCGGCUGUGACUUCAGAGCCAACGAUGAUACCUUGAAGGCGAUCUGUGAGGCUUUGAAGAGUUGCAAGGUGUUCAACAAACUGAACAUCACCGGCAUAAAGAUGAAGUCGCAACAUGGGAUGGACAUCAUUCGUACCUGCCAAGGUACCUCCGUCCGAACCAUUGCUCUAACCGCAUGUUUCGGACCAGAAGAAGAUUUGACGGAGCUGAGGCAACUGCGUGAUGAGGUGAACAAUGGCAAGAAAAUGGUAGUUGAAUGCUGAGCAGAGGCAUCGUCAAUACACCCUCUUUCAGUACACUCUUAACUGUACCUCUGUUAACAGCUUCAAGCAAUAGGUACAAAAGACCCAGCUCCGUUAAAAACGUUGUUUUUACUCUCACGCAGUUAUUUGUGCCUCUUAUCAGACAGUGUACAUACAUCUGAAAUGCACCUCAACAGUAUAACAAUACACCUGAACAUGGCCUGUACUGCAAUUGGAGAAGAAGACACCGCUCUUAAACCUUUAAACCCGUUAAACCUUGGCCGAAGGGUUGUGGGGUUGGAAACUCUUUGAGAUAAUUCCCUGGUAAAUAUUUGUAUAUAUUUUAAUUUAUAGAUGAAAAUUACUUCAGAUAAAGUAGUUUCAUGCCGAAGACCUUGUUUUCCUUUCUGUUUUCUGCAAGGUUGUUAAAUAAACAACUCACCAUCCAACGAAAAAGGGAGAAAAAUAAACAAAUUUUAGAGGCCCACUUAAUUUUGUUAAAGAACAAGAAUUUUCAUUUGUAUUGAGUGGCCCAAACAGUGGUUUGGAGGUGUUUCAUCAUUGUUUAACCUUUAUUUGCAAAUCAUCACUAACAGUAAAGAAAAAUUAUCAAUCGGAUUCGAUCAAUGAAUUUAGAACCUAAACUACUAUUAUAUCAUAUUUUGUGGAGUUUCAUUAGGCUACCAAGAAGAUAUCAAAAAUAAGUGAGAAAAACAUGCAUAGUCAAUGGCGUAUCUAAGGGGGGAGGGUUGUAGGAGGCAUGUGUACCGAGCGGCAUUUGAGGGUAUGCAAAAAUUGCAGAGAGGGCAGCAGCCCCCCUUCCCCACCAUCAUUACUUCAGUCCAGGUCAUCCGACGGAAACCUCACCCCAAUAAAUAACUUUACUCAUUCUGAGUAAUUUGUGAGAUAUAUUAUAUUCUUGGCCAUCAAUUUACCAGAUUCCCCACCAAAGUGUGUGAGACAUAAAGCAAGACAAAUUUACAGUUUCCCAGCACGACAUUGGCAUCGCCAUUUUAUUGAUAAGGUGACGUCUUAUCGUUUAUCAAGUAAAUGUAUUCAAAUGUAUGAAUGCUUCCUGAAUGUGUGUGUGUGGUGAUGAAGCAUUUCGAUCACCAGGUAUUACUCUUCGUACUGUCCAUCAUUGCCAGAACCCAAAUUGCAUAAAUAAGUUGGUGCUCUUCUGGGUUGAAGGUUUCUCAUGAAUGAAAUAAAUUUGUCAACAGCUAUAUUUGAGUAUUUUAGUUACAAUUGUUCCCCUGUUAUAUAUUUUUCACCAGAUAUAAUUUCUAUCUUCUCAGCUAUGAUUUUUCCUCAUCGAAAAGUAAAGGGUUUGAUAUUAAUUUAAAAGUCAUUUCAACUAAAGCUUGGUGCACGAUACAUAUACAACUUCACCUAGUACGUCACAUUUUCGAGAAAAUGACUGCGCCCAUCAUGCUAAAAGGCAUCACAUUAUGCCAAAAAUAUCUUCAUUUAUAUAUCUCUUAUACAUUUUCGUAAGGAAUAUUGCACAUCAAAGGGCAGGAAUACAUCUCAUUUUCCAGAAUACCUACACUUAUUCUUUGGGUUGAGGUUUCCAAAAACUCCAUUGGCUGCCGUCAUCAACCCACGGCGACAUUAAAUAACACAGAAAAGGAGAACAAAAGAAAGAGACUAGAGAGAGAGAGAGAGAGAUAGAGAGAAAGAGAAAGAGAGAG